AUACUUUGAUUAUAAUGGAAAAAUAUUCUAAACAAAAUCGACCAAUGUCUUUUACUUUGCUUUGUAGCCAUAAAAAGCAAGGCCAAAAUCCUCCAUUUUAUCUUGAUCUGCACUAUUUGUUAUUUUCUAUUCUUUUUAGAUUAUAUCAAAUAUGGUAUGAUUAGUAGAUAGCCUAAAUUAUUGUUUAGUACUUUUAGCUCAUGAACGCUAAAAUUCAACAGAGAGAUGCACGGUUUCGAUCCAUAAAACGUAAUGGCUUUACUAAUUAAGUACAUGUAGUUUUUAUAGUAGAACAAACAAUAUCUCAGUCAUAACAUGAAAAAUAAUGUAAUCCUGAUUAUAAUUUUGUUAAUUAGUCAAUAUAGACGGUUGUAACAAUUUACAGGAAUCAAAUAGAAAUCUUUAUCAUCUUCUUCGCACUUCUGUCUCAAUACAAAAAUAUCAAUGCAAACCUAGCUAGCUAAAAAUAACUCAGAAUUCAUCUUUUAGCUAAUUUUAACAUUCUUAAUUUAGCUAAAUCUAGUGCAUCUUCUAACCUCUUUGUAUAUAUAAAGUAGUCCAUUUUUCUUCAUUUUUACAACAAACGGAAACAAAAAGAAGAAGUACUAUCAAUAAUACCUCCAUAAAUAAAGAAAUAUGAAGGCAUGGGUGAUAUGUUUGCUAGUGAUAUCCGCCGCGGUGACUGCGGAACCAGUAGAAAGUCGGAAAUACAUAGAAGAUGGUGUGAUUAACAAGUGCGCGGGUCCUAAUCCUCCUCCGGGAUGCCAUCCUCCUGGGGCCGAAGAUAAGAAACCUACUCCCGUUAACGAGUAUAGCCGUGGCUGCAGCAAAAUUCAUCGGUGCAGGCCGGCGCGACUGAGCCCGUAAUAACCUUCAUCAUCUAAACUGAUUCUUCGUCUCUAUGAGCUCUGUACGUAUUUGCUUUACAUGCAUAUGCAUACACUCGUACAUGCAAGUGUUUUAUGUGUUUCAAAUUAAUUAAUAGUGGAUUAAUCCCAGAUCAUUGUAUUAAAGAUAUCAAAUAUAUACUAAUUGUGUUAAAUUAUUAUCGUAAUUAUACAGUUCAUCACUCUCCUUCAUAUUCAAUUUUUUUUUUAAAUUCGGCUUUGAUCUUAUACUAUAACUAGGGCUCCGAUUUAUAACACUAUAAACUGGCAAAUUUGUAAGAAAAAAACUAGACGCAAAAGGACUAGCAGGAUAAUUAAGCAGGAAAAAUACACCAAAAUAUUGUUUGGUUACUAACCUGUAAGAUGAUUAGUGGAACAUUUAAUUAAAAAGUGCAUGGCAUGAUGGACCAACGAAAACAAGGAAGCUAAUACAAUAUCAUAAAACACUAGAAACUUGGUUUGUAUCUCUAGCAUAUACAUAAUACUUGGUUUGUCCCUUAAAAAAGACUUUAUGAUUAGUA